AACAAAGGAAAUGUUGUAAAGGAGUAACUUUGUGGUAUCUGUAUGUGUCUGUGUGUGAUGAACUGUCCUUAUCUACAAGAUACUUCUAGGAUAUCAAUGUGCCCCACCCUUCUGAUGAUACCCUGCGUUCCUUGUAUCCCAUGAAAGGAAUCCCACUCCAAAAAGAAAAAGGUAUGGCAAAAGAAGAAUAAAGAAGAAAAUUUGAAGACCAAAAGAGGCCUUUUACCCUAAGAACACGGCUAAUCUCUCUCAAGAUAUGUCAUCACUCUGCAUUCCUAACCCUACUUUAUUCUUAUUUUCAUCUUCAACUGGAGCUCUUAAAACAUUAAUUAAUAGAGCUAGGGAAAGUUGUCUGCGCAUCCUCUCCUCCAAAAUGAUCUCUAGCAAAGCUGUGACUUCAAAAAAAAUGGGGAAAAACGUGGGCUUCCUCGUCUGCGUCUUCAUUAUGGUCAUCGAUUCUGUGGCUGGGGUACUUGGGAUUGAGGCUGAAAUCAUUCAAAACAAGGCGAAACAUUCGAAGGUACUUUGGAUGUUUGAGUGCAGAGAACCAAGCUACAAGGCUUUCCAGCUAGGGUUGGCUGCUGCUAUACUUCUAGCAAUUACUCAUUUUGUUGCUCACUUGUUUGGUGGGUGCACUUGCAUUUGGUCAAAAGAAGAUUACCGGAAGUCUACACCUAACAAGCAAUUAGCAGUUGUUUUCCUCCUUUUAUCCUGGAACAUUGGCCAAUUCAAGAUCAAGAAAGUUGUGUGGGAUAGCACACAAUCGAAUUUUGUUUAUCGGAGGGAUUCUCUGCUUUUUUCAUGAAUUGUUCACAGUUGCCUACUAUGUCUCCGCCACUGCCGCCAAAAAAGA